AGGUUAACUCGGAAGAUUUGAUGUAUAAACCCCUGCCAUAACCGAACUUAUUUAUAGGUUCUGAACUGGAUGGAACCGAUGCUACUGGUUCUAAUUAGAACACAACAUCACAUUUCUUAUUACUGUACUUGCAACAAUUCUCUGAUUACUGAAGAACCGAAAUCUGAAACGGAGAAAUUGAGGCUUCUAUUGUCCUCGGAGAAGUGCCAAAAGAACCAAUUAUGGUCCUCUCCUUUGAUUUGCAGAGUUUCAUAUUACGUGCUCGGGUGCUGAAGCUCUACAGACAAUCACUCAGGGUUGCCCGACGUGCUCCCUCUCAUGCCAGAGCUGAGUUGGAAAAUACAAUUAGACAAGAGAUAGAGAAGAAUCGGCGUUGUGAUGAUAAGCAGCGGAUACGCUUCUUAAUUAGUGAAGGACUGGAGAAACUGAAAGGUCUAGAUGAGAUGCUCGAUAUGCAGGGCAAUUGACACCUACAAAACGUACCUUGUAUUGAACCCCUGAAUACAUUUAUAUAAUGUAAUUUUAGCUUAACUCAUGUUUAAGGCGUGUUUGUAUCUCAAUAUAACUUCCUUGAAAUCGGGGUUUGAGGUUUUGUUUUGUUUUGUUUGGUUGGUAGAUGAGAAUGCAAUUUGGUGUGUGGAUGUCUUUUAUUCUUUAUUCAGUUCUCUAGUAGGUUGGUCAAAUCUGCUAUAUCUUUUAUGAUAACAAUGAGAAUAAUGACUUACUUUUUUGAGUUAU